GUGAUUUUCAUCUGGUCGGGGGCACAGACCGACACUCACAGAGCAGACAUCUUCGUUUCGAUCUCCAGUUCAAGUUCAGCCUCAGUCUCAAUCUUGACUGUCUCAUACACUGGGUCUCUCACUUUAGACAUACUGCAGGUGCACAGUACCCACCCGUCGUCAAGAUGCCCUCAACAUUACAAAAGGCCCGCAAGCACAUUGCGAAGAAGCGCAACGGCCACGACCUGGCCCUGCAUGAGUUCUCCAGAGACUCUAAGCGUCUUCACAAGGCGUCGAUAAGAGACCAGAAGCUAGAGAAGCUCCAUGCCUCAAGAAACAAGAAGGAACAGCCCUUGCUUGACCGUGCCCAUUACUUCCAAAAGGCUGUCCAGGAAAAGGGACCUGGUGCGUUUGAGCUGCCCGCCGUACAGGAACUCAUCCACAAGUUUGUGCACCAAUACGACGAGGAGUACGCCGAGGUCAAGAAAACCCGCCGGCCGGGGCGCCCUGCGAGCCCCAAGGAGGACCUAUUGAAGCAGAAGAUUGCAAACCUGGAAGAGGAGUACAGGAUCGGCUUCUACCUUCCUGACCUCCUGAAUGAGUCCAACACCAUCCUACUCGACCUCUGGGAGGGCUCAUGGUCUUACCUGACCUCCGUCGCCUGGGUUAAAAUCACAAACGACGGCACCAUCAAGCAGUCCAGCUUUCCUCCCAAGGGCAGCUCCUGAAAUGGUAGACAUGAUUGCGAAGGCGUUUUCGGCGUUUGGAGGGUUCGUACCAGACCAUCGGCAAGUCAGGCCAUGGGACGGGGAAAAUGGAAAUAUCCCAGCGAUCUCUAUUGAGGCAACAGCAGGGACUUUGGUCGGCUUCAACUCCCGUAUACGGGGUUCGACACGGCGCAAGACUUGCGGGUGGUAGGCGCAAACUCUUCGCGGGCCAUGUCUCAGACAAGCAUGCGCUGUACCCAGAGUCUUGUUUGGCCAGCAUGCACUUUUAUCCGGUUACAUACAGCAGCCGUGCUAGUUCAGAAACGAAGGCAGGCGAUUGCUCGGUCCGCAUUAGACCCGUACGAUCAAACCACUGGUUAUUCGGAUGUCCCAGUAGCUGCCUCAUGGGCCGUCACACAAGGGGGCCGCGAGAACGCCAAACCCGGUGAUCAUGUGGCAUCAUGGGCAUCGCGCCGCAGCAACAGCCUUCUGAGAAGCGCACCAUGCUAGGAGCUGGACUGCAUCAUGUAGAGAGCCAACGUGGUGACCUCGCUUGAAACACUGACGACAGGUGUGCCGUCAACGAGGCUCGCCGGCGCUACCUAGGACCUGGCAGGGCGAAAUUUAAUCAUCGUCCCCCAACCCAUGCUCCUGAUCGCUAGUGAACGAGUUUCCAUGUUACACAUCACAAAUGACGAUGAUGCCAGCAGCCGCCGUUUUGAUCUCUCGGUCCAGCCUCGAACCUAUGCCGACUGACAUAUUCCCACGACUCUCAGCAUGCAUCAAUCUGUCC